CUUUAACUCUCCUACCUCAAAAUGUCGCCCUAAUUUUCUGUAUCUUCACCUCUGUAGUCCAAGGUUCUUGGCUCAAACGCAGAGAAGUCAUGGUUAAGCAUAACAAUGUUAUCCCAAACGGGCACUUCAAGAAGCAUUGGCAGAACUAUGUUAAGACAUGGUUCAACCAACCUGCCCGCAAAACAAGGAGACGCAAUGCUAGGCAAGCAAAGGCUGUAAAAGUUUUUCCAAGGCCAGCUGGAGCACUUCGUCCCCAGGUUCAUGGACAAACCUUGAAAUAUAACAUGAAACUCAGGGAGGGUCGAGGAUUUUCUCUUGAAGAGUUGAAGGCUGCAGGUAUUCCAAAGAAACUUGCUCCAACCAUCGGUAUCGCUGUGGAUCAUCGCCGUAGGAAUCGGUCUUUGGAAGGCUUGCAAGCUAAUGUUCAGAGGCUAAAAACUUUCAAGGCUAAGCUAGUUAUCUUCCCAAGACGUGCAAGGAAAACAAAGGCGGGUGACUCUACACCAGAGGAGCUUGCAAGUGCUACUCAGGUUCAAGGUCCAGUAUUGCCGAUUGUAAGGGAGAAGCCAAGUGCUGAAUUUGUAAAGGUGACGGAGGAGAUGAAAUCGUUCAGUGCGUAUGCCAAGCUACGCGUUGAAAGGACAAACAAACGCCACCUGGGUGCAAGGCUGAAGAGGGCUGCUGAGGCAGAGAAGGAAGAAAAGAAAUAGGUAAUAGUCUUGGAUUCAAGAGUUGAUGAAAUUUGUUAGGUUGCAAGCAGUUUUGAAUAUUGGUUUGUUUGAAGUUCAGAAAUUCUGUUACAUUUUGUGGUGUCGGGAUUUGUGGUUACGAUUAGUUUGAACUCUGGCAUUCGGGUUUCAUUCAUUUUACGUUGUUUUUAU